UUGAUUUGUUUUCAAUUCACCUGCACUAAGUAAAGUACAAAAAACAAAAGGUUCCAAUUAUAUGGAUAUCAGAUUACCAAGUUUAUUUUAAAUGGUACAAAGUGGAAAUUUUAUUUCGUUUCUAAAAGUUAAACAAAGGGUCUUUUCUAAGACGUCCACAUGGCGAGUCAGAGGGAGACGGCAAUGGUUGAAGAGGCAUUUCUACAUGCAUUGAAGAAAAAGAAACACCAAGAUGCACUAACCCUGCUUAACAGAGUAACAUUUUUCAACUUUAUCAACCGUAAAGAUGAGGCGACAGGAAAACAAUGCUUGCAUUUUGCGGCCUCUGAAGGUUUCGUUGAAAUUGUUUCAAAAUUAUUAGAACAUGGAGCAGAAGUAAACAGUAAAGAUAAGAAUGGUGAUACAUCACUCCACCUAGCAACAAAGGGUGAACACGAGAGGGUCAUUGCUUUGCUGAUAGCGUUUGGUGCUAAUCUGGAUGAAAAAGAUAAGGAUAAACAUUCAGCAUUAUAUACCGCAGUACAAAAUAAAUAUCCCAGAAUUGUGGACAUACUGCUGAAGUUUGGAAAACAACCGAACCUCACAGAAUGGGAAUGGGAUAUUCGCAAAAAGCUAAAUGCUAAAGAGGAAGAAAUAGUAAACGCUCUUGGUAGACAGUGCUCAUUCCUACCCGGAUUUGAUAGUGGAUUGAUCAAGAGUGAGGUAUUCUAUGUAAAGCCUAAUAACAAGUGCUAUAGUGAAUCCAUGCAUGUAGAACUUGUUACAGAAAACAUAACAUCAUCAUUUGUUUUCCAACUUUACAAAAUGCAAAGCGAAUAUGCAGAUAAAAUCAAUUUGAAAAAAGAGCAAGAAUCUUUCAGUGAUUUUUAUGAAUGUAGAACGUGGAAUUGUAAUCAGAAGGAACUACAACUAAUAGUGACUGUGGGUGGUGAACUUAGCAAAGGUCGAAAGCUUAAGUUCAUAUCUGUAGACAACAGAGUUGGAAAGGUGAAACUAUCAAAUAAAACGAGUAAUGGGAGUAAAGAAGAAACAGUUGUAACAGUUAACAUUGAAAUAAAGGAUUGUGAAUAUACAAAAUUCACGAUAGCAACUGUUCCAAAAAGCGAAAAAAUGAAUAUUCCAAAGGAAGGAGUAAUUCUUAAACCGAAAACAGCUCCUGGAACAGAAAUAUCCAUUCCACAAGACGCAUUUGAAGAGGACUCAAAACUUUCCUUAAAUGUAAUUGACACAGAAGAGACAAAUAUUGAAGAGGAAAAAUUCCUGAUAGCCACUGACGCUAUUGCUGUUCAUACAUCUGAUGGAGUUCAACCACAGAAAGAUAUUGACAUGAAACUUCCUAUUCAUACUGAACUCGAAAGCAAUGAUGUAAUUGUAAUCGGUUCCAAUGAUGACCAUCCUGAUUCUAUUGAUGACUGGGAAAUUAUAGAACCAUCCGAUGACGCCGAUGUAGGAUCCGUAUCUUUUAAGACUAACCAUUUCUCAAUGUUUGUGGGAGUUUCCAAAGCUUUAGCAAAAACCAAAGAAGGUCUAAUCGAGAUACACGAAGCCUUGGAAAAGACGAUAGCAAGAAAGAAAAGGGUUGUGUUCUUGGUAUUUACAAAAUUAGCUCAUGAAAAUGACAAUGGAAAUAUUUCUAAGGGUGUUAAAAAUAUCAAUCCUCAAAACCAAGGUGAAUUAAGUGUGGUAGUACAUUGUUCAUUGUCAAGGAAACAACAAACUGUACAAGACGACUGGAAAGAGAAAGGAUAUCAGCUGGUUUGCACGUCUGAAGACAAAAUUUGUACGGUUAGCAGUGUAUUCCAGAUAGCAAUAUCUGGUAACGUCGAAGAAGUUUACCAUUCAAAAAUAAUUGAGUUGGAAUUUCACCUUAAACGGGAAAACUAUAGAGUUAUUAACGUUUGCCGUGUGGAGAAAGAAUUCGAACCGGAAGGUCAAAUGGAAAUCAACCAAAUAGAAGUAACAGUAAAAGAAAACAUGAUAACAGUGCCAUCAAAAGUCUGUCUGUUUUGUACAGAAAUGACACAGGUUGUCAAAAAGGUUGAAGAUAUCGUGAUCAAACCACUUUUUAACUGCAAGUUCAGUUUUAUUGAGCAAUCAACAACACCACCACCACCACCACCACCAGUAGAACCCGAACCAGAGCCCGAAAAAGUUGAUAAAAGUAGAGAAAGGCUGAGAAAAGCAUUUCAAGGUUUUAGACUGGUGUACAAAGCAGUUCAGAGAAAGGACGGAUGAUAUGAUAAAAGUCGAAUGUGCCAUUACAUUAUUACAUUAUAAUAUAUACAUCUUACGUAAAAUUUACAUCAACUAAUUUAGAUAACAGAAAGCAUUGAAAUAUAUGAGCCAGUCCAUGCAAAAGGUACAAAAGCGAAAAAUUUGCGAAAUUCUAAAAAGUGCGCAUAAUUAUUGCUUGACUUGGUAUCUAUAAAACACCGUUACUUUUCUUCAAACGAUUAAGCUGUACGCUAUACACACCUUUCAGUGCUUAUACCAGUACCCCUUUGUUUUGUUUUAGAAUUUUCUCAUUUAUUCUUAUUUCCAUGUAUAGUUUAAGUGUCUUAACUUGCCACUUGAUUAUGUUCACUUAGGUAUUAGUUGAGUUGAGGCUCUCGCUUACAAAGCAGAAAUCAAUGCAAUUUGAUAGGAGCAACGGUUCGAAUCCCGUCCAAGGACGGUUGAUUUAUAUAAUAUUAGAUAACUUAACUUAACUUAAAUUUCAAAAACACAAGAUGUCAUCAGUUUUGCAUUUUUCCUGUACGCUUAACUGCUGUGUUCCUUUCUUUAGACAUAGGUAGAGAUGAUGAAAACUGUUGACUUUUUCUCCAUAUAGUGUUGUAAAUGGUUUUAUUUUGGAUCGGUAUAUAGUAUUUUUCCGGGUGACAAAUGAUUUUUACACUUGCCCAAGUACAAAAAUUCAGAUAUUUCUAUGUUUUUUACCAUUUUAACUGACAAAUUCGGGACAGAAUUUACCAUUUUAUGAAUGUUUACAUUGAUACCAUUUUCUACAGAUAAAAUCGUUUUUCAAAAAUAUUUAAACGAACUUUAACAACGUGUCCUAUAAAGUUUAUCAAAAACACUUUUUGUACCUUUUCGCAUAGAGUGUCUCAUAUGUGUAUACAAUUAUUCAUCAAAUCAGAUAUUUUAUUCUUUUUCGGCCGACAAAGUACAAGAGUUCUAUAAAUAAAUUAUCAAAAAUCCCAAUUUCAUAUAUAGUAGCUGAAUUUAUCACUUAUCAUCUCUCUUUGUAAUACGUAAUCUGACAUUUUUUCCAAAAUUUGUUGUCAAUGAAUAAAAAAGUUGUCAGAUGGA